AUGUCCACCUUCAGCAGAUUCGCUAGCUGGGCCAAAUCUCCCGCAGCGAGGGAGUACUUCUUCUCCACCCAUUUCUGGGGUCCAGUAGCCAAUUGGGGAUUGCCAUUAGCUGCUCUAGCCGACUUACGAAAGGAUGAGGAAAUCAUUUCUGGCACCAUGACAGCCACGAUGGUUGUUUACUCUACAACUUUCUCCAGAUUCGCGUGGAGAGUAAACCCACGCAAUUACUUGCUUCUCGCUUGUCACGCUACAAACGCAGUAACCCAGUCUGUCCAAGCCCUUAGAUUCUCCAAUUACUGGUACUUGGGCGGAAGAGAGGGUAGGUUGGCUGAGAAAGCUUCGCUUGGUGCAGACGCUGCCAAUGCCGGUAAAUAG